AUGUCGGGGCGUAUUGUUGGAAGCGAGAAAAUAAAUGCUAAGCUGCAUGAUGGAGUGUGUCAGCAUUGCAAAGGUAUCUUGGAGUGGCGGGUAAAAUUCAGCAAGUACAAACUACUAUCAAAACCUAAAAAAUGUGUGAAGUGCCUCCAGAAGACUGUAAAAGAUCCUUACCAUAUUAUUUGUCGACCGUGUGCUGCUAAACUAGAAGUUUGUGCUAAAUGUGGAAAAGAGGAAGAAAUAGUAAUUCCCAUUGAUAAAGGACAAGACAGAACUGAGAGUGUGACUACUAAAAAUGGCCAAGAGAGCAGUGAGUUGGAGAAUGAGCUGGAUUUUAAUACAAACUUCAGUGAUACAGACAGUGAUGAAGAUUCUGAUGUGCUAGAAGAACGAUUUAAAAGUAUGAGUUUUGAAAGGACAGAGAUGUAA